ACACAAACACACACACACACAUACACAUCACAAACAUAUAUAUGAUCUAUAUAUAAGUAUUUUCUUUCUUGCAUAGAUAUCUUUUGCUUCAUGUUGGUAACAAGUACUAGUCCUCCAAAAAGAGCAAACAUGGUUACAGCUGCUAAAUUGACGAGUAUGAUGAUGGUGGUGGAAAUAAUAGUGAGUGGAAUGAGAAUUGGAGCAGAUGGUCUGAGUAUGAAUUACUAUAUGAUGAUGAAUUGCCCAUUUGCGGAUAUGAUUGUCAAGAAUACAGUCAACACAGCUUUGCAGUCUAAUCCAACUCUUGCGGCAGGCCUUGUCAGAAUGCAUUUCCAUGACUGCUUCAUUGAGGGAUGUGACGGUUCAAUUCUGAUUGAUUCAACGAAAGAUAACACAGCAGAAAAGGACUCCCCAGCAAAUUUGAGUUUGCAGGGAUAUGAAAUAAUCGACAAUGCAAAAGAACAGCUCGAAAAUGUAUGCCCCGGCGUCGUUUCAUGUGCUGACAUUGUUGCUAUGGCUGCCAGGGAUGCUGUUUUCUUUGCUGGGGGUCCAGUAUAUGAGAUACCAAAAGGAAGGAAGGAUGGAAGAAGAUCUAAAAUAGAAGACACGAGAAACCUGCCUCCACCCUUCUUCAAUAGCUCUGACCUUAUCACCAUGUUUUCUCAACGAGGUUUUACUGUUCAAGAAAUGGUAGCUUUAUCGGGGGCACAUACACUAGGAGUGGCAAGGUGCUCAUCAUUCAAAAACCGAUUGAGUAAAUUCGACUCCACUCAUGAUGUGGAUCCAGCCAUCGACUCUGACUUCGCCAAGACACUGGCCAAGACAUGCAGCGCAGGGGACAACGCGGAGCAACCAUUCGACGACACAAGAAACACUUUCGACAAUGCUUAUUACAAUGCCUUGCAAAGGAAAGCCGGCGUGCUUACUUCAGACCAGACCUUGUACGCCAGUCCCAAAACCAGAGCCAUUGUCAAUGGUUAUGCAAUGAACCAAGCCAUGUUCUUCUUUGAUUUCCAGCAGGCCAUGGUCAAAAUGGGUUUGAUGGAUGUCAAAGAAGGAUCCAAAGGAGAAGUGCGACAAAAUUGCCGCCAAAUCAACUGAUUCAUUCAUCCUGAGUUGAUGAUUUAAACAUAUAUUGCAUGUUGUGCUGCACUCAUCGAGUUCUUGCAAUGUAUAUGGGUUGGUUAUGUAAAUUUCACUAUCUAUCAUCCAUCUCAUGUUGUAUGUAUUUGUGUGGGAUUUAUGUAGCUCUUAUAUAUACGUGAAGCUUAAAAAUUAAGGAUGUUUUAGUUUUGAAUA